AUGAACCCAAGAAGCACCCUAGAAAGUGGAGGGAUAGGUCCAGGACACCCUUUAGACGAAAGGGCCAGUGGCUUUCCAUCGGUGGGCAAGUCGACAUUGUUAUCGAAUUUGGCUGGUGUCUACUCAGAAGUGGCAGCGUAUGAGUUCACAACGCUAACGACAGUGCCAGGAGUAAUUAGAUAUAAAGGAGCAAAGAUCCAACUCUUUGGACUUGCCAGGAAUUAUCGAAGGAGCAAAAGAUGGCAAAGGUCGUGGAAAACAAGUCAUCGCUGGGAAGCCGAUAAAUUUUCGAAAAAAGGAACGAAUAAUCCGAUACGAAAAGGAGACGAAAGAGAGGAUCGAUAG